UAACACCUCCACCACAUGCAUUUGUUUUCAUACUGCCAUGCCCAUCAAUGCACGGGGUCUAUGACUAUAAAAAACACGGACAUGGCCUAGCUCAUUCAUUGCAUGACUGUAGGGAGGGGGAAAGGACACAAAUCAGUAGUUUAGCAGGAGGGUUUCAACGAACAAAAGCUGAGUUUUAAUGGCAGUUCAGUGGCAAUUAGCAUUCUGGAGUUUCGUUGCAACGGUGCCAGCCUCGAGAUCAACUCUACGCCCCCUACCUGAGUCAUCGACUGCAAGGGUUCUGUUUGAGGAAGAUGAACGGGAGCAGGUAAUAUCAAAUCAGAAGACUAACAAAGUAGAUCCGGAGUUUCUUCGAGCUAUCAAAGAUUCAUCUGAACUAGCAUCAUCAAGCUUGCAUCAACUAUUGUGCAGUCAAAGACAGAGGCAGAUGCAAAGUUCAAUUAUUCCAUGGAUGCCAUGAGUGAUAAAUUGGAGGACCUGGUUAGAACAAUGAAAUCUGAACAGAAAAACAAAUCCAAAAAGUCCACGGACGGUGACAGGUCUAUCCCCUUCAACUGGAUGCUUGGCGAUGGGACUGCACCAAAGAGAGGAAGGAGAACGACCAGCGACCAAAACAGGUUCCAACGCCCCAGGGACCAUAUGAAGGGCACAGCCGCAUGGUUCGUACACAAUGCAACGAAGGCAGACCUGCGAGAGGUGUGGAUCGAGUUCAGAGACCCUCCCAUGGUAUCAGUGGAUGGCAUAUACAUCAAGCGAAUGCUACAACUGAGGGAGGAAAUGUCCGAAGAAAUGGGCAAUGGUGUGGUUAGAGUGCCGAGGAACGGCGAAGCAGACAAGAGAGCGGAAACUGAUGGAAACGUCCACUACGUGAUGCAUACGUGGGCGGUUCGUCCUCUGCUCCUCCAUACAAUCUAUUUCUUCAACCCAGAUUGGGCGGUUUGUCCAGAAACAAAAACGGUUGCACCAAUCAUCUACAUUUCGAAUACGUGGGCGGUUUGUCCAGAAACAAUCUAUCUAGCCAAGUUGACCUUCAUGUACAAGGGAACCAUAGCAGCCUACUCAAUCACCAAGAAAACCGCUCGAAAGGGAAGAAGGUGUUGACAAAGAAGAGAAAGGCAGAAGGCGUCACCAUAGAGGACGACAAGCGUGCAGGUUAUGUCAGUGACGAGGGGAGCGACGGAGAAACGAACAACCAAGGGAGGCGCAACGCCCUGCCGCCGCAGGCGUUUGCAUAUUUGGCCUGGCCGUCCAUAUGAUACCCUCCAUUUGACACUUAUCCGUGUUUAUCAAUCAGAUGUGUUUUUAACAUGGACGGCAGGGUAAACUGUAUCACUGGGCCCGUGGAUUGUAUUAGCUAUGGCGUGUGUCUGUUUGAUGUGGACUAAUACCAGCUGCACUGAGACAAUCAUGAUCAGUUGCAAGCCAUGUUUACAUAUUGUUUAUUCGCGUAAAUAAGAUAUCACAACGGUGGGGUACAAAAGACUUCUAGGGGGCAUCUAACGCCUAAAAAGACAAGAACAUUUUAUCUGAGUGAUUGCAACGUUAAAUCGGU